ACCCGGGUUUGUGAGACGUACUGCUGGGGAUUCUGAUUUUGUCCUGACAGCUGAAUUUGUGCCCAAUUCCCAGACGCCACCGCUUUAGAAUUUCAGACCCAAUAAACUUCAUGACACCGAAAUUGUUCGAAAAGUUCAACACCAUGUAGGCCUAUUAGGAAGGCAACAGUACUGGUAUUUGAAUGAAUUUGAAGGUGUCCAUGAGGAAAUCAAAGGAAACGUUGAAGUGCACCACGUUCGCCUGACUUCUUCUUGUUUUGUUUUCAUGGCGCUUUCAGCUACUCAAGCUAGUUGCAGCAAUAAGUACACGUUUAUGCAUAACUUUUAUUCAUCAGCUGAGCAUCACACUACGGAGUUAGGAAGAAGGUCCAGUUUUAGAAGCAGGAUCUAUGAGAAAACCGGAGAAAACCUGCGAGAGCCAGUAUGGACUGGAAACCAAAUGCCAGGACUCAAACUUCGCCGGACUUCCAGUCGCCUUCGAUCCGGUUUAAUCUCCGAGCUGUUCUCCAUUGGACAAUAAAAUGAUGCGCCUGACUGACUUUAACCACAGGCCAUUAUACUAGACUGGCUACGCUUUACAUACGAAUAAGGGGAAGAAUAUCGAGCGAUAUGGCCGACAUCGACAUGGAAAGAAUUGAAAGGGAACUGGCGGAGCGAAGGGAAAUUUGUAGGAAAAAGGAAUCGGUCCCCCCAAAGGAGUUCCAGAAAAUGAUGCAGGAUAUGUAUGCGAAUUGGAUUGAAAAUAACAACUAUGAAAAGGAUAUGGUUGUUCUCGGUUUCCUGAGUCACAUUGCGGUGGCGGAGACAGUGUCAACAUUCCUCCCUGACAGCGACAGCCGAUUGCUGGACUGCGCAUCUGGAACAGGCCUGUUGGGGGAAGAGCUUAAGAACCGAGGGUAUCGGCAUAUUGACGCUCUUGAUGCCUCUAAGGAGAGCCUGGACUUAAGCCGGGGAAAGCAGGCAUAUUCGAACUACUUCUGCGACUUCAUUGGGCCAAAUCGCUUACCUAUUGAAGAUGAUACUUAUGACGGGAUCGGCAUCAGUGCCGCCUUUGGAAACACCCAUGUGCGUCCAGACUGUUUUAGUGAGCUGCUUCGCAUCACGAAACCAGGGGGCUACAUAAUUUUCAACGUGCGUGAGGAAAACUUCAUCCUUGACGACUGUAUGAACAAUGGGAAACUGGAUGACGUCAUCCACAAAAUGGCUGCCGAUCGAAGUGUAGCGUAUCUGGAGAAAAAACGGCAUAUUUAUAUGCAAUGCGAACACAACGGAAAAACUGAGUAUUGUUUUGUGAUCGUCUUGAGGGUGAUUUAAGUUAGGUAGUUACCUGUAGUUAUAAAAAGAGGGGCGCCCAAUAUUUAAAAAAGGGGAGCAGGUGGUGUGUGAACCCAAACAUACAAUUGCGGGCCAUAAUAUUUCAGUCAUAGUUUCUGCUUUUAAAAUGAUUAAUGAAAACAACCGUGCUGACAGGAGCAGAAAAAAGGGCAAAAGGAAAGAGUCUCAACUAAAAAGCAAUUAAGAACAAUUAUUAACAAUAAAGAAAAGUAGGCAUUAAAGAGCCGAUACGUGUCGUCAGUAAGCAGGUGAUAGCGGUUUACAUUUCUGAUAUUUUUCUUUAGAAAUUGAAGCGACAAACAACAAUGCUUCUGUGUUAUUGAGAUCACAUUCUUUCAAAAGGAAAUCGCUACUGCUCAUGGAUUCGCUACUAAAUGUCUUGCUUGUCAACCCAAUAUUUAAGCUAUCGACUUUCAUAAUGACCAACAGUGAUCAUCGUAACAGACAAUGAAUUUGAUUCAUAGAUCAUCCAGACCCGGUUUAGGGUUCUCGGUAUAUAACCAACACUAGCAAUUUGUGAGAGAAGCUAAUUUAAUCACUAAAAAGGAUGAAUAGAAAGUAGAAAGGAAAUGGUUUAACGUGUGACUGCAUUUUUCUUAGGCACAAUCUUUCUAUAACUCUGUGCUCUUCUUCAAUGUAUGAAUUACUCUUGUACAUUCCUAUUCGCUUAAAUGCAAUAAAAAGUGCAGUUUGUAAACCCUUGGAAUUAUCUGUACUUUCUAGGACAACUGAGGGCACUGUUGUUGUGUUAUUAGCCAUGGAAGACACGGUUCACCACACAGGCUUUUCUGGAAUUGUAAACCAAGAAAAAAACCUACUUUAGGGAAUGAUGCUUUUUUAUUGCUAUGCAAAUGAUCAACAAUGAAUCAGCAUCGUGGAUAGGGAAAUACUUAUUAGCAUAACAAAUAACAAAAAGCAGUAAAAUACCCUUUGAAGUAGUGAAACAAACUUGAAAAUAAGGUCAACUGAGAAGAAAAUGUGCAUUUUGAAGGGUUGAAUUAAAAUAAAUUGAUUGCAGCUAUUCUAUUGUGUCGUCAUGAAAUUACAGUGGUUUCACGUAUUCUUUACAGUUACACAAUACUACAGUCGGGUGCCCAUCAUUUCGAUAGAAUGAGUGUGACAUUCCUGUAGUUAGUCAUGACGUCUUGGUGCUUGUCCUGUUAAUCAAGUUCCAGAAAUAACGAGGACAGUCCAGUGGUCAGGCCGGCAAUUUCAUGUAGGGAGAGAUAUGUCACUUCAGACUUGAAAUAGUAUCAAUAACACACAGAACGUCUUUCUCACACGUUUAAAGACGUGAUAAAUGAAAAUAAA